AUGGCGGUGGAAUUUGGCGACCACGCCAGUGGCUUUCGCCAUAACGAGGUGGUCCGGUUCAUUAAUAAUGAAGUUCUCAUGAACGGUGGUGGCCCGGAGUUCUACAUGGCCUUUCGCUCUCGUCCCUGGAACGAGGUGGAGGACCGGCUUCGCACUGUGGUGGUGGACCCGCAGGUGCCUCGUGCCCUCAAGAGGGCGUGCACCUGGAGCGCCCUGGCCCUGGGCGUGCGAGUGGUGGCCAGGCAGCGGGAGCAGCAGGGGCGUCGGGUCCGUAGGCUGCAGGAUCAGGUGGAGGAGCGCGAGGCGGCUUGCUGGGCGCUGGCUUCCGAGUUGCAGCGGCUGCGUCAGGAGCGCGAUGAUGCUACCACUCAGCUGCGCUUCACUCAGGUUGCCCUGCAGCAGGCGAUGGAUGAGCGUGAAGUGCUACAUGGGAGACUACUUCAGGCUGAGAGGUCAGCAUUGGCAGAUCCAUUGCCCCCAAAGGUUGUACCUAUUAUGGCAGCCCAACAGCAUGGUGCUGUGGCAUGGCCCCUGGAGGGAGAGGAGCAGGCAGAGGUGGUGGCAGCUGGAGCACAGGGCAUGCCAUAUGUAGAGGCCCAGAUGCCAGCCCCAGCACCUUUGCUUUAUGUACCAGGACACCCAUGUCCUUGGUCCCAGGCAAUGCAACCACAUGUGCAAAUGCCAGUGCCCCAUCCAGUGCCAAUCCCAGUGGGAUUCCCAUACUCAACACCUCUACAAGCCCCUGUAGUAAUGGAAUCAGAAUCAGCAGGAGCAACAGCCACAACAGUGGCAGCAGUUGCAUCCCAGGUGCCUCCUGCAGUGACCUAUUCACCCAGCUUGUGGGCUCCAGUGGGGUGCCAGGAGGGAAUGGCUCCUCAAUGUGUCCAGAGUUGCCUCAGCUGCCGGGGCCAGGAUGAAUAUCCUGAGAACCUCCCAGGCAGAUGCAACCUGGGAGAUCUAACAAGCCCCAAGCAAAAAGAAGGUCCUGAGGGUUCCCAGGGAAUGACUUCCCUGGGGGAAAGCAUAAGCCAAAGCCUGGAGGGUCAGGAGAGGCCCCAGGGGAAAGACCCCAUGGGGGAGAGCAUUAGCCUUACCCUGAAAGAGGGUAAAGAGAGGCCCCAGGGGAAAGACCCCAUGGGGGAGAGCAUUAGCCUUACCCAGAAAGAGGGUAAAGAGAGGCCCCAGGGGACAGACCCCCUGGAGGAAAGCAGCAGCCACAUCCAGAAGGAAGAUACAGCAAUGCCCCAGGGGACUGCUCCCCUGGUGGCUAAUGGGAGCCUGGGGCAGCAGAAAGAUCCAGAGAGACCCCAGGCAACCCCCCUGGGUAGCAUUAAGAGUCAGGGUAUGAAAAAAAGCCCAAAGAAACAGCAGUCUCAGGUUCAGAAGGCCAAGCAACCCCAAGUGAAAAAAACCUUGGAAUCCCAGCAACUGGAGAAGUCUGCUUCAUGCUCCAGUCAAGUGAAUUGGAUCUGCUCAUGGUGUAAAGCUGUGAAUCUUCCGUGGCGUCUAGCCUGCUAUAAAUGCAAGAGAGCCUACAUGCCAGUUGAGAGUGGAGGUGAUGACUCAGGAAAAUCUCACUAA